CAAUAGUUUUUUAGGGCUCUAUAUUGUAAAAUUUAAAACUAAUAAUAAUUUUGAAGAUUUCUUUCUUACACCUAUGAUAUUCGUGCUUUAAAAUUAACACGUAUUUUGGUUUUCCCUUCAUCUUAUUUUUUCCCCUCCCAACUAGUGUAACAUUUUUUAGCUUCAGCGAAACUACAAAUUAACGGAAGCGUUAUUGUACUGGAAAGUGAUGGCACUGAAAUAAGCGACGACGAGGUACUUCGAGAAAUGACAAAAGAAAUCCUAAUUCUUCUCCAGCCGGGGGAUAACUGGUCACCCGUUGCCUGUAGUAGCAGCAAUGUUUCUUUAUCCAGCUCUACUAUAACCAUGACCAGUGACACGGAUAUGAACGAUGUUUUCUCGGACACGCCUGGACCAAGCUUAGAACCUUUAGGACAUAACCUUAUUUUACCUGGACCAAGCAACGAACUAUUACAAGAGCAAUUUAUUUUACCGGGACCAAACAAAGAAUCAUUAAAACAGAAUUUCAUUUUACUUGAGGUUCCUGCCAAUGACAAUACAGAUAAAAUUGUUAGCACUAGUAAUAUUUCGGAAUACACAUGGGAAUCAUUCGAAAUCCCAUGGGACAAAAUUCCUGCCUAUAUGUUAAACUCUUGUGAAAAUGGAAGCAUUGACAAAACCCAAAGAAGAGAAAUUGUUCACAUAUUGGUUAAUGAUAUGAGAAACAUUAAAGAACAAAUUCCAAACAAGGCUUUUAAAAUAGUUGCAAAAAAAUUGGUUGAAAGAUAUCCUAAGGUCUUCCUAGAUACAGACGAAGACGGUAAAGUUUUGGGAAGUGGUUUAUCGACACUGUUGUCUCAGCUACAAGAUCGCAAUUGGUAUUUAAAUAGGUCACAUAAGAGAACGGGGGAGUUUCUGAAACCAAAAAUACCUGCUAAAAUGCUUAAAGAGAUAAAUAAUCGUAGGGCAGGUUGUUCGUUAUCUAAGUGGAUGCCUGCAGUUGAAAAAGAUGUAACUAUUUCUAAAACACUAUUAAAUAGUAUGAGUAUUGACGAUCCUAGAUUUUAUGAAUUGUUAGAAGAGACUUAUCCUUCUCAAAGAGAGUUUUUGACACGCUCUAAUCCACCGACUUUUGCUGAAAUUAAAAGUGAGUGGCCUGUACUUUUAAUUAAAGAUGCAAUUUUCCGGCAUUUUAAGAAAUUGACUGAAAAGCCUGUACUUGAAAAUGAUAAAAAAUAUUUAAAGAUUAUGGAAUAUGGAAAAUUAAAGAAGCAGCAAAUUAAUGAUGACGAGGAACUCGUGUUAAAAGUAUUAAGAGUAUUAGCAACUCACUUUAAAGAAGACCUAAAAUCAUUUUUCUACCAAUUUCAGAAUGUCAGUCCUGAAGAUAACACCAUUUUGGAAGAAAUACCAAUACUUGAACCAGUUUUGAUUGAAUUUGAUAUGAGUGGUCAAAAAAUAUAUAAUGUAGCCAUGGAGAAGAACCUUAUAAGUGAUAAAGGAUACCCCUCGUUUACUGAAGCGUUUUAUAUAUGCUUCUGUCUGUUUUUUAAUUUUGGUGUCAAAUUUCCAAGAAAUGUGAGUACAACUUUGGAAAUGAUACAAAGAUAUAUUUUAAAUGACCAUCCCGACACCGGCACCAAGUCUAAGAAGGUUGAAGCGUCCAAAAGAAAAGUAAUUGCAUUAAUAACUAAGUUAAAAAAUUCUGUAUAAACCUUAAUGUUUUGUAUUACCGUACAUCAUUGUUUAAUGUAAUAUUCCCUUAUAUUAAACAAUAUCAACAAAGACAGUUUAAGGUUUUUAUGUUAAUGUGUAGUUUUUAUAUUAAUACGUAGUUUUUUUUGUUAUAUGAAUUGUUUUUUUAUUUUCUCCAAGGGCAAAACUUCCUAAUUCGUGCUGUCGACUGCUGCGAUUUUUUUAUAUUAGUGU